AACCAUCGUCAAUUGACUCACCAUCUCCAUCAGCAGGAAGCAACGGCGCGAAGGAAAAAAUGGAUCCGGUUCGGGGGGCUUCAUCAACAGAUACCGAACCUCCGCUUCAAAGGCUAUUCUACGGGGUAAGCCCGCCGGUCAACCUCACCUCACUCAGCUGCGCGGAAUUCUCCAUUGCUCAGAUCGAAGCUCACCUCAAGCACCGUAAAGUUCACACGGCAAUUGGAGAUAACGAGCAUGAGGCGGCCGUUUCCUCCAUGGGCGGAGGGAAAAGAGGCCCGCCAACUCUAGCCCAACUCGCUACGGCCAGAAUAGUCUCUACACUCCGCUAUGAUAUGAAAGACGGUGUUCGAGUUCUCGCGCAGAACUGUCCGGAGAAGUUGCUCCAAUCUAUCCUCGAAAGUCCCAGGCUACACUACAUUUCCUUCCGGACGCUGCUGCAAACUCACGACAUUACGCAGUCAUCGCAGGGCAUGGAACCAGGCUCUUGGGCUCAGGUGCAGCGCUUGGCGGGGGAGGAUGUGGAUUCGUGGGUAUUGAGGAACGAGAAGUUUAUCCGCCAGAUGCCGCAUAGAGAGGGAAAUUCUAUGCUUGUGUCUCUGGAUGAAGCCGCCGAGGUCUGGCCGGAUGCGGAGAUUACCUCUGAACAUAUUACUCUUCGGAGGAGAAAGCCACCGAGGGAAACCUUCACGUGCUUUGAUGAAUUGCGGUCCCGGGAAAUUAAGCUCCAACCUUCUAGUAAGAAGUUUGCUCAAACCUUCAAGAAGCUGACAAAUGGUGUUUUUGAAGGCUUGGAUUGGAAUAACGUCGUUAUUUGUGGAGGAAUAGUGCUUGCCACAAUGCAGUGUUUAUCUGAGGAGGACGACAAAGCCUGUAUUGACUCUGAUAUAGAUGUUUGGAUCUAUGGCUUAAACCCUAAGGAGGCGAAUAAAAAGAUUCGCGAAAUUUAUAAUGUCUGGUGGCGGAAUCUGGGUCCAGAAAGGGAAUCUAUGGUUAUGAAAAACGCUAAAACGCUAACCCUAAUGAGCAAUUACCCCGAGCGAAGGAUCCAGGUUGGUUUACGGGGCUCUCUAUCCUUCUCUUGUUUGAUAGAGCGGAUGCUGAUUGUGAGAUUGAUAGAUAAUAUUGAAGAUGGCAAAAUCUGAAGCGGAAGUUCUUCUCAAUUUUGACCUGGACCCAUGCGCAAUGUGCUGGAAUGGAAAAGAAGUGCGAAUGCUUCCACGCUGCGCUAGGGCCUUGGAAACGGGCUAUACUACCUUUACGAUGGAUUUAGUGUACGGUCAUCAUCUUGGUGAUCGACGUGCUACUCAGGAGAUGAGGUUCGGAUCUGUCAGACUUCUUUAGGAGCCGAUUAUUAACUAAUAACGCCUAGAGUCCUCAAGUAUGCCAGUAGGGGAUUCGGCAUCCUCAUUCCGGCUUCACUCAUGAACACACUCACGGUCGAUUUUGACACCCGGAAACCCAAAACCCCAAGUUGCCCACAGGCACCUUACCGUCGGCAUCGUGGGCGUUACAGGAACCCUCGGGGCGAGAUUGUGUAUUCUGGGAAGAAGGCUGUCAAGAGGAUAGCAUUUCUGGCGCAGGACAUGAUACAUAGGUUUUAUCUUGGCCCGACCCCUCUGUCAGCACCUAUAAGGGCGGAGGAAGGCUGGUCUGAGGGCAGCGAUGAUGGCCGGCCGCCCUACGGUUUGGAAGAUUUUGUUGAAGAGUCUGACGGAGAGGGCGGGAUGCAGACGCGCACGGUACUCAGGGCGAUUGCUUCUUCCGUAAAUGGGAGGAGGCAGUCUAUUGCGCAACCUGGUGGUAGGGAAGGAGUCGGGGCUGGCUUUGAGCUAUUCAUGAGAAUGGCUGCGCUAUUUAAAUACGAGGCAGAAGGCCGUCUAAGGUAUACCAGCCGGAGCAUCAAAUCUACCAGUAAAUCCAAGCAUGGAGCUUAAUGUUGUGGCAACCUAGGAUCGACAGAAAUUCCCUUUGCUCCAUCGCCUAUGACGAUCCCGAGACGUACGAUGACACCCCGCAAUACCUUUGGGAUCCGGAUUUUAAGCUCGAGGAUCUAUCACACGAAAUUAAUGCACACAACAAUCGUCUUUUCGCAAAUCUUAGGGAGGCUAUUGAAGGGCUCCUCGGCACUAAUUCACCUCACGGAGCCGGCUGUAAGUCCCCACCCCUGGUCAUCAUUGUUCGAAUAUACUUAUGUGGGAUGGUCGGUUUCACAGGGAGGGGAUAUCUAAGCCGACGGGUUCGUCGCGUUAUAUUCGUCGACAACAUGGACGAGGUUUACCAGAAGCAGAUCACAAUACCAGUUUGUGUACCUGUUGCCCUUGAAGAGUAUAUAGAGAACACUAUGAGGGAUGUAUGCGACCAACAUGGCAUGCCCUGGUCUGAUGAAUUCAGAGUGUUGAUCCCGAUUCACAAUUCGAACAACACCACCCGUGUACCUCCACCAGUCGGGAGGUGGAAUUACCGGUAUUGGGUCAUUGGGGACAUUACAAUGUGGGCCAAAUGGGACCCGCGGAUAGAUGAGUAUCAAACCCCCAUUCUCCUUCCUCCUCCUCGCAACACCCGCGAACGAUGACAAAAAUCACAGAAUCUUUGAAGUCCUCUGGUCAAUCUUCCACAUGGAAACCCAACCCGACAGCUUCGCCCAUCGCUGUAACCCGGAUGAGGCCGAAGACCGGUUUCUAGCGAAAACUCUCUCCGCCAAAUUUGACCAACGCAUAAUCCCCGCCUCAUCCCUGAUCCCGCAGGCCGAGCAGACAGCACUAGGUUCAUGGCCUGACGCUCGCGAGAAGGAGCUUUUCCACGAAUGGAUGAUAUACUCUCCACAGGUGCAGAGUAGAACAUACACCUAUGAAACGCAUCAUACCAAUUAUGUUGAGGGUUGUGUUCGUGAUUUCCCAGAUGAAUUAUGGUGGAAUGAGGAGGCGGAUGGGGCAAACGAUGGGGGGAACUGGGCAGAGUGGGAGACACCGGCGGGGAAGAUGAAGGCUGCGCUGGACGCGCAGGAGAUGGAUAGGAAGAGAAAGAGGGUUGAUAGUGGGGGAUUGGAGGAUAUGGUUACCGAGUGA